AUGGAGUCUAGGCCUCUUCUGCCAAAGGUAGAGUCCUACGCCGAUGAUCAGCGGCAACAGUUGGUCGUCGUCGAUGGGGGCUCACCAUGGCGAAGGUCGAAAUGUAUAGUUGCAUAUGGAGCCCUCCUUUUGACUGGAUCUGUGCUGUUAUUUUCUAAGCCCACUGCCGCCUUUGGGUGGCCGUUUUGGGGGCAGCCACCUACCAUUGAAGAAAGAGCGAGCAAGAUCUUGACUCAUACGCCGCUGAUAGAUGGACAUAAUGAUCUUGCCAUCCUCAUCCGCGAGCGUUACAAUAAUCACAUCAAUGACGAGAAAUUCCAGAAGAUGUUUUUGGAAGGGGGCAUGCCAGCCCAUGUUGACCUUCCGCGAUUGAAGGAGGGCAAGGUUGGGGGUGCCUUCUGCACAACCGCCCUCUCCCACUUCCGCGCCCACCAGCUCAUCUCCCCCCUCGCCAUCGAAGGCCUCCACCAAAUCGGCAACUCCGCCUCCACCCUACGCACCUACCACACCCUCGGCGUGCGCUACGCAACCCUCACCCACAACUGCCACAACAUCUACGCCGACGCCGCCGUGACCGAGCUCCCCGGCGGCAACGUCGAGAAAUCUACCCCCCUCUGGGGCGGUGUCAGCCCCGCCGGUCGCAAGAUAAUCAAGGAGAUGAACCGCCUCGGCGUCCUCGUCGAUCUUGCACACGUCAGUCGCGAUACCAUGCUCGACGUUCUUGGCGGCGGUUCCUCCGACUGGACCGGCAGCGCCGCGCCUCCCAUUUUCAGCCACAGCAGCGCCUACGCGCUCUGUCCGCACCCGCGCAACGUCCCUGAUGAGGUGCUACAUCUCGUCAAGGCGAGGGGGAGCGUGGUGAUGAUUAAUUUCAUGCCCGACUUCGUGAGCUGCGUUGCCGCGGACCCGCCGAAUGACAGCGGGAUUCCUGAUUUCGACGAGGCGGGGUCGACGCUGGGGCGGGUGGCGGAUCAUGUGGUGUAUAUUGGGGAGUUGAUUGGGUUUGAGCAUGUGGGGAUUGGGAGUGAUUUUGAUGGGAUUGGGAAGACGCCGAGGGGGUUGGAGGAUGUGACGAAGUUCCCGGAUUUGGUGGGGGAGUUGCUGAGGAGGGGGGUGAGUGAUGGGGAUGUGGCGAAGGUUGUGGGGGGGAAUAUUUUGCGUGUGUGGGCGGAGGCUGAUAAAGUGGCAUUGAGGAUGCAGGAGGAGGGGGAGAUGCCGCUUGAGGAUGAUCUGCCGAGUGUGGAGUGGUAGAUUCUAAUAUAUCGUUCAAUCAUGACACAGUACUUAUACAGUGUGAUUAUGGAGGACCGUCCUUACGGAUAGGGUCUGCAGCUAAGCGUGAGCAGAGCAAGAGAAGCGCCGUCAUGCAUGGCAUUGCCUCCGACGGGGUCUGGUUUCGGUUCUAUCGGGUUGACAAUGAGGGCAAAUUCAGCCAGUUGAGGAACGCCUGCAUCGAGAUCUGAGAAUCUUCAGCAAUCUUAUUGCGGGAACCUGUAUAGACAAAUGAUACAAACGGAGUGCUCCUAAAC